ACACCUGGGCCCAUGCCAGCCCCCCAGAAGGACGAAGCUCAGCUGGACGGAGGCAGGAGGACAGUGCCUGGCACAUAGGGAGGCCGUUUGUGACACCGCCCUUGUGAUGCGUGCGCUGAGCCUCUUGGAAUCUAUACCCUCCUCACCCCCCUCCCCGAGACCAGAACUCAUUCAAGAUCAUGGUGAACCCAAUCUACCCGCUGACCGAACUCCUCAUCUGGGUGUCCGUCUUCCUGCUUCUGCUCAGGCUUCUGGGUAGGACUCUGUUCCAGAAAAGACAAAGCAGCCGAUAUGAGUCGAAGACCAGCCGACGCGAGUCGAAGACCCGGAAAGACGAAAGCUACCUCUCGGGUCAUCAGAGAUCCAGAGAGAGACACGGCCCACGAAGAGGUUGGAGACCCUCACCGGGAAGAGAUGAUGACAACCUUCAGGAGGUCUUGUCACCCCUGAGAAGGCUGGGCUGGAGGUUGAAGGAAAACAUCCAGCGGCGUCUGCUUUGCGACGACAGGCUGGCUUGCGGUUCCUGCGCCCACCUGGCCCAGCGACUCCGACACGUGUUCUCGGAGGAAAACCUGUCCAUCCUGGGGCUCCCGUCGACCCCCUCUUACGGAGAGGAGACCGUGUCCUGUGCAUCAUCUUCCCACAGUGCCCUGAGAUCCGACACUUCCCGGCACGGGGGGACUACCGAGGAAUCUAACGUCUCCACCCACUUCCUGUCCUCUGCCUCCUCCUUGUCCUCUUUCUCCUCCACUUGCUCCUCUUUGUCCUCGGGAAGCUCCUUCAGUUGGGCAGCCACCCGUCCCCCCUCCCGGGUCUCUUCCGAACAGGAAGUGACUUCACGCGGACAGCGGAGAAUCAGGUUCGGUCAGAAGCGGGCGGUGGCUUUCCCCCACUCUUCGGGCCUCGUGAAGACCAAGGGCUGGGAGAAGGGAUCCCAGAAGAGAGAGUUCGAGGAGCUCCCGGCUCCCGGAGGCCGGGACAGAGAGGGGCGCUUUUCUUCCGAGGGGCACGAAGACUCCGCGGCCUUCCGGGAGGUGCCCGGGCUGCUGGUCAAAGUCAAGCAGAAGCUGGAGCUCCACCUCCAGAAGAUGCUGAUCCGGCAGCAGCGGGGGCUGCCCGAGGCGAUCCUCAGGUCCCGAAGGCAGCUCGGGCCCGAGGAGGAGGACCGGGAGGUCGAAGAGGGAGGCUUCCGGCUAAGCCUGGCCCUCGAGGAGAAUCGAGUCUUCCCUCCUGAAGCCUCGGGCCCAUGGGCCCCCAACAUCGACACGACUCCGAUACUUCCCGAGGCCUCGCCCGUGCCGAGUGUCCUGAAGGAGCCAACGGAGCCGCCGGGAGAGCCCGGUGGGCCAAGGAGCUCCCUGAGCGUUCUGGGAGAGUUGCCCUCCCAAGUCCAGAUGUCUCAGGACAGCACCCCCGUCUCAGUCCUCCCGCCCUCUGCCCUGCCGGGCCAAGCCACCCUCCCGCCUCCCGGGGUGUACGAGUACAGGCCCGAGCCUCCCUCAGAGCUCCCGUUCAUCAGUACGGAGAUGCAGUGGCAGCUGGAGCAGCACAUCACCCGCCUACGGGCCCGGCAGAAGUGGGGUCUCCCCCGCCGGGUCCAGGAGUCCUUUAACCUCUUCCUCCAGGCCCAGGCCAGAGCCUCUCAUCACCUCAGGGACCCCGACCCGGCGGAAGAACGGUCCGGAACCGGGGCCGAGGGGACCUCGCCCCAGGAACAAGUCCCCCUGACGGCGCUCCGAGUCGAAGCCGCCCCGGAGUAUCGCGGGCACCGUUGGCAGCAAGAGAAGCGGUGGGACGGCGUGACCGGCAGGCCGACGGUCGAGUGGGUCAAGUCGGAACGCCGGGAGCUCUCCCGAGGAAGGACGGAGGAGGGGAAGACUCGGCUGCCCCUGAGACCCAGCGACAUUUGGGAGAGAUGCGGGCAUUCUGUCACCGACCUGGAGGAUCCCAUCGCUGUCCUGGAGGGCAACCUCCGCCAUAAAUACCUGGCGUUUCUCCUGGGCCUGCCCGUCCCCCUCCCCUUCAGGGCGUAUAGACCUGCCCCGUAGCUGGCAAAAUAGCUGCUCUCUGAAGGGCGUUUGGCCCCUUCCCUCAGUCGACUGCACGCGGUACGGAUGUCGGGACCCAGAACACCACACGGGGCUUCUGCUCAGCUCAAAGAGAAAUAAAAUAUCUCACUCAAGUUAGAGAAAA